UUGGCUGACCCAACAUCAUCACUCCAGAAGAAGAUGGCGGAGAACGGGAAAGAAGAGCUGGUGAUCACUGACGCUGACUCAGAGCCACUGGCCGGAGGAAGGAGCUUACACGUCGUGGUGGCGGAGCAGGGCUGCAGUCUGCUGCGCAGGAUGGAGAUCUGUGUUGCUGAGGCUGAGAAGAGGAGCGGCAAAAAUGCCGUGAACAUGCAGGAGAUGUUCACCGUGUACCUCAUCGAAACAAGGCCAAUGGAUGCAGUCGCUGAAGGUCGUAAUCCAGCCCCCGACUCUCUGUGGAGGAGAUACAGUGAAUUUGAGCUGCUGCGGAGCUACUUAAUCGUUACCUAUCCAUACAUUGUGAUACCUCCUCUGCCUGAGAAGAGGGCAGAGUUUGUGUGGCACAAGCUGACUGCAGACAACAUGGACCCAGACUUUGUGGAGCGCCGCAGGGUUGGGCUGGAGAACUUCCUAAUGCGUGUGGCGUCUCAUCAAGUCCUCUCCAAUGACAAGAUCCUUUACCACUUCCUCACCGAGGAACAUGGCUGGAAAGAAGUGGUGUAUGAGACAGGCUUUCAGGCAAAGGCAGAUUCCCGGCUAAGAGCUCUCAGUGCCACCUUCCGGGUGAGAAAUACAGAUAAACGCUUCAUGGAUAUGAAACACUACAGCGAUGAGUUGCAGUCCCACACAUCUCAGCUGCUCCGAGCCAGAGCAAGAGUAGCUGAUCGACUCUAUGGUGUUUUCAAGGUCCAUGGGAACUACGGCAGAGUCUUCAGUGAGUGGAGCGCCAUCGAGAAAGAGAUGGGAGAUGGACUGCAAAGUGCCGGUCAUCAUAUGGAUGCAUAUGCUGCCUCAAUAGAUGAUAUCUUAGAGGAAGAGGAACAUUAUGCAGACCAGCUGAAAGAAUAUCUCUUCUAUGCUGAAGCUCUGAGGGCAGUGUGCAGGAAGCACGAGCUGACCCAGUUUGAGCUGGAGGUGUCCUCCCAGGACCUCAUCUCGAAGAAGCAACAACGUGAGGAGCUGGCCACAGGGGUAGUACGGACAUUCUCCUUCAAAGGAAUGACCAACAAGCUCUUUGGGCAAGAGGCGCCUGAGCAGAGGGAGGCCAGACUGAAGCUGCUAGAGGAGCUGAUAGCAGAGGGGGAAGACACAGUCAAGGAGAAAACAGCCGAGUGCGAAGAGCAUGUUGAAAAGGCGUGGGUGGACAUGCAGCGUUUUGAGGAGCAGAAAGACAAAGAUCUGAGGGAAGCACUUAUCAACUACGCUGUCAUGCAGAUCAGCAUGUGCAAGAAGGGAAUACAAGUGUGGAGCAAUGCCAAAGAGUGUUUCCUCAAGAUGUAAAGUUGAAACCAUAUCCCAAGGUUCUCCUCCCUCAGUGAUGGUUGCAAAUGGUGUCCUCUGGUUGAGGACACCAGAGACAUAACGUCUCAUAAAAUGUGUCUGAAAAUAAGGUAAUCUCAAGUAACUGCAAAAAUGAUUUGUAUGCAGCUAUUUUGAAAUAGUGAAUGACUUGUGGAUUCAAAUGGCAAAGGGAAGUGAUUGAUCACACAGAGCAUCGGGGUUCACAGGUUUUUCUCUAACUUAAAUGGGCGCUUGAACAGUUUUACAUGAUAACAGUCAAGAACCAAGUUGUGGUAUCACUACUGUACAUCAAAUGAUACAACAAGGGAUUCUUCUAUAAAGAGUUUGUGGCUAUUCAUUUUUUGUAAACAUUUAUUAAGUUAAAACAGCCGUAUGCCCACUGUCAGAUCCCAGUGUUCCCCUGUACAGGAGUUCCUGACCAGCUCUCCGUUUAAAGGGUCAGAGUCUCAGGCCCUUGAGAGAUUUACUCAAAAAGAGAUUCACUAAAAUUUGUUUAAGCUGGUGGCGAGGAGACACGCCUAGCUUCUAACUGCCUACGUCCAAGCGUUUACCCUGCUGCCACUGAAAUAGUCCUAUGAGAAAAGUUGUAUUUCAGUCACGUCUGUUAACGGCAGCUCUCCUCUCAUAAUCUGAGCACUUGCAAGUUGCUAGGAAUUGUUUAGUGGCUUUUUCAAGCCCCAAGGAUCUAUAUAAAAAUGAUUGGCUCGAGUAACCUUUAAGAAUCUGUAAGUUGUUAAAAAUCACCAAAGAAAUCCAUCUACCAUCAUACUGAGCAUAGAUUCAAUGUCCGCAACUUCUCUAUUAAUUAAUAUCUUUAUUGCAUUUGUUUUAGCAGGGGCAACGCGUACAGCAUUAAAUCAAAAUACAAUAUUAAAGUUUAAAAGGUAAAAAGUAAAAAUAUAAAAGAUAAAAACUUCAGCAUACUAAAUUGAUAGCAUGAUUUAUUUGGGCUCGGCCGAAGCCACCUCCCAUUUCCUACCAAAAGUCUGAAUUCUGUUGAGAACUCCAAACUCAGUACAAAUUCCAAUAGUUCUGUAUCCACAGAAUGAAUUGUGUAAUCCACAGCUCUGUUACAUCCUUACAUUUCACGACACUACAUACUAAACAUUGAUCUAAAACAGCUGUUUGCCAACACACAUACACAUACACAUACAUAUAUAUCUAUAUAUACAGAUUUAUCUAUCUGUAUAUAUAGAUCGAUAGAUCUACAUAUGGUGGGGGACAGGGGCUCUCCUUUGCAGGUCAAUGAUAUUGUUCUGGGCUGUAAAAAGCGAGCAGAGCGACCUGAACUAAAUCCAACAAUAGGUUAUAUAUUUAUCUUUGGUUUGAAUUACAGGUGUGAAAGUGACCUGAGCCUCAUGAACAGAUCUAUGAAGGUAUCUCAAAGUUAUUAUAUGAUGCUAUUAAUUAAUAGCAUCUAAACAUCUAAACUGGCUUUUGCUAUGAAAACAUGAAGUUAUAGUUCUAAAAACAACAUAAUGCAAGUGGCAUCGGAAGCUUACAUUUCUGUGUUAUAUGAAUAAAUCAAAGAGCCUACAUGUUGAUCAUAUGCAGUGGUGUCCAGGGAGGUGGAUUGCACUGAUGUACAUUAAGCUGCGCAUACUAGUCAUGAUACUCAUUCUGAGAUGAUAUUUAACUCUGUAUUACAUAUGUUAUAGCAUUAUAUUUUGUAUUUCCUGUUGCAAAUGCUUCCCACGAAUAAACUCUGAGGGUAUUUAUUGUCAUAUUUAAAACUUUAAUGCUAAAUUUUGCAUUUAUUCUAUUUAUUUGAAUAAACAGACAAUUUUUUGUGAUGGUUAUGUUUUGGUAACCAGAAAUUGUCUGAUAUACUGUAGAUGUAUUCAAACUUAACACAUAAAUAUGUAAUUUACCAUACGCUUACAGUCGUCAGAACAUCUGAAAAUGUUUUUUUCUUUUUUGGCCUUUUUGUUUGACCAUUUUUUUAUGGUAUUUUCAUGUAUCUCCACAUUUGCUUGGAUUUAGAAAACAGCACACAAAUACAUGUAGUAGUAGUUUAAUGACUUAACAGAAAAUAAAUGUGGAAACCAGCUGA